AUGAGGUUCAAAUUCCCUCUAAUGGCCCUUGCCCUGGAGGUGGCUAUGAUUAUUUUAUUUGGAUUAUUUGUUCAGUAUGAAACGGAUCAGAACAUCCAACAUUUCAACAACUCCAAGUCAGUAGCCUCCGACAGAUUCCUUGAGUUAUAUCCUUUGUUCCAAGAUGUGCAUGUUAUGAUAUUCGUUGGAUUUGGCUUCCUCAUGACUUUCCUGAAGAAAUAUGGCUUCAGCAGUGUGGGCAUCAACUUACUUAUUGCUUCUCUGGGCCUCCAAUGGGGUACGAUUGCACAGGGCAUCCUGCACAACAGUGGACAGAAAAUUCACAUUGAUAUCACAAACAUGAUAAAGGCAGACUUCAGCACAGCUACAGUUUUGAUUUCUUUUGGAGCUGUUCUGGGAAAAACAAGUCCAAUCCAAAUGCUGAUCAUGACAAUCAUAGAAAUUACUGUUUUUGCUGGCAAUGAAUACCUUGUUGAUGAGAUAUUCAAGGCCUCUGAUAUUGGGGCAUCAAUGACAAUUCAUGCCUUUGGGGCCUACUUUGGCUUGGCUGUAGCAGGUGUCUUAUAUAGAUCUGGCCUGAGAAGGGGGCAUGACAGUGAAGAAUCUGUGUACCACUCAGAUUUGUUUGCAAUGAUUGGAACUCUUUUCCUAUGGAUGUUUUGGCCCAGCUUUAAUUCUGCCAUUGCUGACCCUGGAGACAAGCAGUACAGGGCAAUGGUAAACACCUACUUCUCUCUGGCUGCCUGCGUGCUCACAACCUAUGCAUUCUCCAGCCUUUUUGAGCAUCGAGGCAAACUCAAUAUGGUUCACAUUCAGAAUGCAACCCUUGCUGGAGGCGUUGCUGUGGGUACUUGCGCAGACAUGGUGAUUAACCCAUAUGGUUCUAUGAUCAUUGGUAGCAUUGCAGGAAUUAUCUCCGUGGUUGGGUUUAAGUUUCUGACUCCACUUUUUGCUACUAAACUGAGGAUUCAAGACACAUGUGGGGUCCAUAACCUGCACGGCUUACCUGGCGUGGUAGGAGGCCUCGCAGGCAUUGUGGCGGUAGCCAUGGGAGCGUCUACAACGUCUACCACUGACAUGCAGGCAGCUGCCCUGGGUUCUUCUAUUGGAACAGCAGUUGUUGGAGGGCUGAUUACAGGUUUAAUUCUAAAGUUACCCAUCUGGGGGCAGCCACCUGACCAACACUGUUAUGACGACUCUGUUUAUUGGGAGGUCCCUAGGUGGAGAGAACAUGAUAAUCAAUUCCAAGAACAAGGCAACCACAACCAGCUGGAACCUGAAGUCUAA